CCGGGUUGAGCAAGAGCAAGGAUUAGUAAUGGCGGCGUCUGGGGAGCCCGGGAGGCCCUGGCAGGAGGAGGAGGAGAAGGAGGCAGCAGCGGUGGUGGUGGUGGGUUCCUGCAUGACCGACCUGGUCAGUCUUACUUCUCGAUUGCCAAAAACUGGAGAAACCAUCCAUGGACAUAAGUUUUUUAUUGGCUUUGGAGGAAAAGGCGCCAACCAGUGUGUCCAAGCUGCCCGGCUUGGAGCAAAGGCGGCCAUAGUCUGCAAGGUUGGCAACGAUUCCUUUGGCAAUGAUUACAUAGAAAACUUAAAACAAAAUCAUAUUUCUACAGAGUUUACAUAUCAGACCAGAGAUGCAGCUACAGGAACAGCCUCCAUAAUUGUCAAUAGUGAAGGCCAGAAUAUCAUCGUCAUAGUGGCUGGAGCAAAUCUGCUUUUGAAUGCUGAAGACUUGAAAGAGGCAGCCAGUGUCAUUAGCCGAGCCAAAGUGGUGAUCUGCCAGCUAGAAGUAAGCCCAGCAACUUCUCUGGAAGCUCUGACAAUGGCCCACAGGAGUGGAGUGACAACCUUGUUCAACCCAGCUCCAGCCAUGGCUGACCUGGAGCCCCAGUUCUAUACCCUCUCCAGUGUGUUCUGCUGCAACGAGAGUGAGGCUGAGAUUCUAACCGGCCAUGCCGUGAGUGACCCGACCACGGCUGGGAAGGCUGCGUUGGUUCUCCUAGAACGGGGCUGCCAGGUUGUGGUCAUCACCUUAGGGGCUUCAGGAUGUGUGACACUGUCACAGGCAGAGCCUGUUCCAAAGCACAUUCCCACAGAAGCAGUCAAGGCCGUGGACACCACGGGUGCUGGGGACAGUUUUGUUGGAGCACUGGCCUUCUACCUCGCUUACUACCCAACUCUGUCCUUGGAAGAAAUGCUCAAGAGAUCCAAUCUUAUCGCUGCAGUGAGUGUCCAGGCCACAGGAACACAGUCCUCUUAUCCAUACAAAAAGGACCUUCCUCUUGCUCUAUUUUGACUACUGCUAACCCCUAAAUAAAUAUAAUCUGGAAAUCAAAUGCA